AUGAUGAGCUUCCGCCCGCGGCCCACGGAGGCGUCGUCGCUUGUGGCAUCGGCGCGCUUCCUGCACAACGAGCUGCCCAUCCGCUUCGCGCACCGCAUCGCGGAGCUCGACCACCUGCCGCACGGCCUCUCGCACAUGCCCCAUGUGCUCAAGGUGCGGGAGUGGUACGUGCAGUCGUUCAUGGAUCUGCGCAACUUCCCCGAGGUGGAGGGCGCGGAGGAGGAGGUGGCGUUCACGCGCCUCAUCGAGCGCAUCAAGACACGCCACAACCACACCGUGCCCUGCAUGGCGCUCGGCAUCGCCGAGCUCAAGAAACGCCUGCAGGUGGACAACCCAUGGCUGCCCAUGGACAAGUUCCCCGAGGUGCAUCAGUUCCUCGACCGCUUCUUCCUCUCACGCAUCGGCAUCCGCAUGCUCAUCGGGCAGCAGAUAGCGCUGCACAAGACAGGGCCGGGCAGGGAGAGCAUGAUCGGGCUGAUAGACACCAAGUGCCGCCCCUUUGAGGUGGCCAGGAACGCCAUUGAUGAUGCAAGAACGCUCUGCAGUCGCACCUAUGGGAAUGCUCCCGAGGUCCACGUAUUUGGGGACCCCACCUUCACCUUCCCCUAUGUGCGCACGCACCUGCACCACAUGCUGUUUGAGCUGCUCAAGAACUCCCUCAGGGCCGUGCAGGAGCGAUUCCCAGACACCCAGCCGCCACCAGUGCGCGUGGUGGUGGCCGAUGGGAUCGAGGACGUGGCCAUCAAGGUGUCAGACGAGGGGGGAGGGAUCAAGCGCAGUGGCCUGCCUCGUAUCUGGUCCUACCUCUACAGUACAGCUUCCAUACCCACUCCUCUACGCCAGCCCCCAAACCCUCUCAACCCCAGCGAAACCGAACCCCCCUCACCCGCUUCCUCGGGACCUUCGACUCCGGGCUCCUCGCCUCCCUCCACCCCCUCCUCCCCAUCUGCCAUUUCUCUCGCCUCCUCUCCUGCCUCCUCGGCCGCGUCGUCCCCACGCGCUUCCCGGUUCACUCCUGUAGGCAGUAGUUUUGCCGAGCCAUGGGAUUUGACGGAGGAAGAUGGGGGAAUGGGCGUAGAUGAAGUGGGCGAUGGAGUGACUGUGAGCACGAUGGCGAGCGCUGAUGGGGAGGAGUUGCCGAGCGUGAUUGCUGGUUACGGUUACGGUUUGCCGAUUGCUCGACUCUACGCGCGAUAUUUCGGGGGUGACCUGCAAAUAUUCAGCAUGGAAGGAUAUGGUACUGAUGCGUAUCUACACCUCAACCGACUCAGUAACGUGCAGGAGCCUCUUCCUUGA